GCUCCAUUUCAGACAACCUUAUUCCAAACACGAACUAUGGCGCCUGUCCAAAGCCAGGACUCACCCUCGCGAGCGCCGCAAGUAUGCUCCCACUGUAAGAGUAUCAAGAAAGGUUGUGACAAGAAACUGCCAAGCUGCAGUCAAUGUAUCAAACGACGCGCAGUAUGCCGAUAUGGAGAACAUUUAGAGCCACAACGCUAUGGGAACGACAUUAUUAAUGCUUGCCAAAACAUUGGUGUCAAUGGUACAACUUCUACCUGGACAUCGAUCCCUCGGUCGAUACUAGGGAAAUUACAUCCUGGUAUCAGGCUGUCAAUUUUGCUGAUGAAUUCGAUGUCCGACGUCCUAAAUUCUGACACCCUCGGCCCAAAUGUUACACAGUCGGCUACCUCCAUAGAUAACGUUAUUCAUUCGCAGGUUUGCCAUUUGAUCAAAACAGAUGGAAACUACAUUGAGAGCGUGGCUUCUAAGCACUUCCAAGGCGUGCACAAGUGGCUUCCAAUCAUCUCGAAGAAGCGUUUUUACGACCGCCUGCAAUACUUCCAAUCAUACCCCACUGCAGACUUCUCGAUGCUGCUUCUAACCAUGCAUCUAAUGGCACAACAACCUUCCUCAGAUUUUGAUGUAGAUCAAGAUCGCGAAAUACUCUACCUUGCAACAAAAACACUGUUUACACAAGUCCAAACAUUCAUUCCACCAUCAAUAGGCUUAGUUCAGGCCGGAGUCAUCCUGGCCAGCUACGAACGCGGACAUGAAAGAAUUGAAGCUGCAUACAUCUCAAUCGGUACAACUGCAAGACUCGCUUGCGCAAUUGGAAUUGACACUGCACAGUGUUCUCAGGAGCUCCAGGGAAGCGAUAGAUGGUUUGAUGAAGAAGAGGCGCUGGCUACUUGGUGGGGACUUACGAUCUGUGAUAGGAACAUUGCAUGCGACAAUCGAAUGAGCGGCCGGCCCAUGGCUGUACGGCCUAUUCGCAGUGAAGACUAUCUGCCACUAGAACCUGCGGACCUAGCAGGUGAUAUUGACUAUUCGAUGAGCCCAGAAUUUCGCUAUUUCGUCUCUGCUGUUUCUCUACCGACUUUAGGCAUGUUUGGCCGUGAAGCCCAGGCUACGCACCUAGUAGAUAAAGUUAAGAGAGCCGUGGACUUCAUGGAAACAAAUGGGCAGACAUUCGUUACUCUUGGCUAUGAACUUCAAACACUGUUGGGGAAAAUCACAAGGCAGGUAGCGGAGCAACGGACUAGCUACUGCGGUGCAACACAAACUUUACUUGUUGGAUUAUACAUUCUCCAUCGUUACGCUGUUGAGGCUCUGGGUAUUGAAAAUCAACCAGAAUGGACAGAGACAAUGAGGGUUACCCUGAACACUAUUACCAGAAUGACAAUCGAUAUAGUGUAUAGUUUCAACAAAGCCACUCAUACAUACCCCGUCGAGGCUUUAGCACCAGCAGUUCAACACAUUGCACGAUGUGCACAGGAGCAUAUUCUGGCCUGCGAUAACUUCCAAGACACACAAUGGCAGCAGGACCUAGAGGAGCUUAGACAAAUUCUUAAAUCUUUCAAUACGCGGUGGACCCUUGCAGGUAAUGUUUAUCCGAUAAUUUCUUCGGAUCUUGGCAACUAA